AUGCUCUCCACCCUUCGACCUACAGUCGCUCGUUCAGCUCUGCGCCAGCAGGCUGCGACCGCCACACAGGCAAUCCGCAUCGCGAACGCAUCGACAUGGGCAAACGUCAAGGAAGGACCUCCUGAUGCCAUCUUGGGCAUCACCGAGGCGUUCAAGAAGGAUAGCUUUCCUGAGAAGAUCAACCUGGGUGUGGGCGCAUAUCGCGAUGAUAAAGGCAAACCCUACGUCCUCCCGAGCGUGCGCACCGCCGAACAGAAAGUCGUCUCCUCCUCCCUCGAUAAAGAAUACGCAGGAAUCACCGGUGUGCCCUCGUUCACCAAGGCCGCAGCGCUGCUUGCCUACGGACCCAACUCCAAACCAAUCCAGGAAGACCGCAUCGCCAUAACUCAGUCCAUCUCCGGCACUGGAGCGCUGAGAAUAGGCGGUGCUUUCCUCGAACGCUUCUACCCGGGCGCAAAGACAAUCUACAUCCCCACCCCUUCGUGGGCGAACCACAGAGCCGUCUUUUCCGACUCGGGGCUCGAAGUUAAGCAGUACAAGUACUACAACAAGGACACCAUCGGCUUGGACUUCGACGGCAUGCUCGCGGACCUCAAGUCUUUCCCCACCGGCUCACUCGUUCUCCUGCAUGCCUGCGCACACAACCCCACCGGCAUCGACCCGACCGAGGAACAAUGGCAGCAGAUCGCCAAAGUCAUGAAGGAGAAGUCACACUACCCAUUCUUUGACAUGGCCUACCAGGGAUUUGCGAGUGGUGACACCAACAAGGACGCAUACGCCGUGCGCCUGUUCAUUGAGCAAGGCUUCGGUCUCUGUCUGUCACAGUCUUUCGCCAAGAACAUGGGUCUAUACGGCGAACGUGUGGGCGCCUUCAGCAUCGUGUGCGACAGCGCCGAGGAGAAGAAGCGGGUCGAGAGCCAGAUCAAGAUCCUCGUGCGUCCGUUGUAUUCCAACCCACCGGUCCACGGAGCCAGGAUUGCCAGUGAGAUUCUGAACGAUGCGGGGCUCAACAAGCAGUGGCUCGGUGAGGUCAAGGGCAUGGCAGACCGGAUCAUUGAGAUGAGGGCUCUGUUGAAGAAAAACCUCGAGUCGCUGGGAAGCAAGCAUAACUGGGAUCACAUCACGAAUCAGAUUGGCAUGUUUGCCUACACCGGCCUGACGGCCGAGCAGAUGGAUAAGUUGGCCAAAGAGCACUCUGUGUACGCGACCAAGGAUGGACGUAUCUCCGUUGCGGGCAUUACCACCGACAACGUCAAGAGAUUGGCAGAGUCGAUUUUCAAGGUGACUGGUUAA